CAAUUAGAACUCAAACACUCAUUUAGCCACUAAUGUUCUGAUCCGAUACUUGCUCAACACUCAUUUAGUGAGUCUUGGCUUUCGUUCUCAAACUGCAAAAAACUCUCUACGCUAGGUGCGUUUAGUCUAGCGUUUCGUUCUCAGCACAGGCAGUUGUCCAGCAGAGGCAUCCAAAGGCAAUCAGCUCUGAGAGUCUCAGGGGUAGAUAGAUUCCUGAAUCCCAAUGUAUGGUCUCCAUCUCCGUGGAAAGCAGUGAAGGUGAAUAGCUGCUUGGCCGGCAAGGCUGCGCAGCUACAAAAUUGAGCCCCCCCAGCACCGACGAAGCCACACACCACAGCACAGCAGCUCCGAAGUCACACCACACCACAGCUUGUAUUUUCGUUUUCUCCAAUAGUUGACGGACCAGCGCGCCGGCCACUGACAUGGACAGCGUAGUAGUAUCCGCGAAGCAGACCGUCGUUCUGUACCCCGGCGGCGGCGCCGGGCACGUCGGGCCGAUGACGCAGCUCGCCAAGGUCUUCCUCCACCACGGCUACGACGUCACCAUGGUGCUCCUGGAGCCGCCUGUCAAGUCGAUCGCCUCCAGCUCUGGCUUCAUCGAGGGCCUCGCCGCCGCCAACCCGUCCAUCACCUUCCACCUCCUCCCGCCGGUCCCGCCCCCUGACUUCGCCAGCGCCACCAAGCACUCUUUCCUCUUCAUGAUGGAGCUGCUGGGCCAGUACAACGACAAGCUCGAGAGCUUCCUCCGCUCCAUCCCGCGGGAGCGCCUGCACUCCCUCGUCAUCGACAUGUUCUGCACCGACGCCAUCGACGUGGCCGCAAAGGUGGGCGUCCCCGUCUACACGUUCUUCGCGGCGAGCGCCGGAGCUCUGUCCGUCCUAACCCAGACGGCGGCGCUGCUUGCCGGUCGGAAAACGGGCCUGAAGGAGCUCGGGGACACGCCCAUCGAGUUCCUCGGCGUCCCGCCGAUGCCGGCGUCCCAUAUCCUCAGGGACAUGCUCGAGGACCCGGAGGACGAGGUGUGCAAGGCCAUGGCGGAGAUCUGGAAGCGCAACACCGACACCCGGGGCGUCCUGAUCAACACCUUCUACUCACUGGAGUCCCCGGCCCUGCAGGCGUUCAGCGACCCGCUGUGCGUCCCCGGCAAAGUGUUGCCUCCUGUCUACUCCAUCGGGCCGUUGGUUGGCGAGGGCGGGACGCACGGAGGCGAAGGAGAGAGGCACGAGUGCCUCGCCUGGCUCGACGCACAGCCGGAGCGCAGCGUCGUGUUCCUCUGCUGGGGGAGCAGGGGCUUGCUCUCCGGGGAACAGCUCAAGGAUAUCGCCGCUGGCCUAGACAAGUCCGGGCAACGGUUCCUGUGGGUGGUGCGCACGCCGGCCAGCGACCCGAAACGACGCUUUGAGCCACGGCCGGAGCCGGACCUUGGCGCCCUCCUGCCGGAGGGGUUCUUGGAGCGGACCAGGGACCGCGGCCUCGUGCUCAAGUCGUGGGCACCGCAGGUGGAUGUGCUCCACAACCCAGCUAUUGGCGCGUUUGUCACCCACUGCGGGUGGAACUCGGCGCUUGAGGCCAUCACAGCGGGGGUGCCGAUGCUGUGCUGGCCACUGGACGCAGAGCAGAAGACCAACAAGGUACUCAUGACGGAGGCCAUGGGCAUCGGGCUGGAGCUGGAGGGGUACAACACAGGUUUCAUCAAGGCUGAGGAGAUUGAGACGAAGGUGAGGCUUAUGCUGGAGUCCGAGGAGGGGAGGGAGAUUAGGACGCGAGCGGCAGAGCUCAAGAAAGAAGCACACGAGGCGUUGGAGGAUGGGGGAUCGUCACAGGCGGCAUUUCUCCAGUUCUUAUCUGAUGUUAAGAAUAUUAGUGAGUAGCUCGGUGAAUGACGAAUCUUUGCCAUGUCUCGUUUUUGUCCAGCCUUUAGCAAACUUUUUCGUCGGCCAGAAAUAUUUUUUUUCUUAUAAUAAAUCAGUGGACAGUACUUUUAGCUA